GCCGCGGCGGGGCCGGACUCGGGGGGUCUCUGGGCCUGUGGGGCCCCUGCUCCCAGCCCGGCGCCGGGCCCUCGAUCGAGCUGCAGCGUCGCCGCUGGGGCCGGGCCUGUCUGGGCGGGACGGGGGCGAGCUGGGCCGUGGCUCGGGCCCCGCUUGUGCUGCCUGCUGCCGAGCCGCGCGGCCCGGUCUUCGCGCGCUGUGACGCGUUUUCUUCUCACUCGAGUGGCUGAGGCCGCGGGCUGGAGGGCUGAGAGCUGGCCCGCGCGCUGCAGGGGCUUUAAUGGAAAUCGUGUUGCGAUUUCCACCGUGCUCCUCUAGGACUGGCCUGUGGGGAUGUUGAAGGAAAAUUUGAUAUGUUGUUCAAUAGAGUGCAAGCUGUUCAGAAGAAAAGUGGAGAAUUUGAUCUGCUUUUGUGUGUUGGGAACUUCUUUGGCUCUACUCCAGAGACAGAGUGGGAGGAAUACCGGACAUGUGCCAAGAAAGCUCCUAUUCCAACGUAUGUCUUGGGUGCCAAUAACCCGGAAACGGUACAUUAUUUUCCAGAUGUCAAUGGCUGUGAACUAGCCGAGAACAUUACAUACUUAGGUCGUAAGGGUAUUUUCAGUGGCACCUCAGGAUUGCAGAUUGCCUACCUGAGUGGUACAGAAUCCCUGAGUGAGCCAGCUCCUGCCUACAGUUUCAGCUUCAAGGAUGUGUCAGAACUGAAAAUAUCUUUAUUAUCUACUCCAAAAUUCAAAGGUGUUGAUAUCUUGCUGACAUCCCCCUGGUCCAGAGGUGUAGGGAAUUUUGGAAAUAAACCUGGAGAAAUGGAUACUGAGAGAUGUGGAUCUGUGUUAAUAUCUAAUCUAGCCACAAGUCUGAAGCCAAGAUAUCAUUUUGCUGCAUUGGAGAAGACCUAUUAUGAAAGACUUCCUUAUAGAAACCAUGUGGUCCUACAGGAGAAUGCACAGCAUGUGAGCAGAUUUAUAGCUCUUGCCAAUGUUGGCAAUACAAGCAAGAAAAAGUAUCUCUAUGCAUUUAGUAUUCUCCCAAUGCGCUCAAUGGACCCUGCAGAGCUAGUGAAACAGCCACAGGAUGUCACUGAAAACCCAUAUCAGAAAUCUGGGAAAGAGGCACAUAAGCCAAAGAUGCUCUCAGGUGCAGAGGAAGAACCAGCUUGUCAGUUUUUCUUUGAUUUGAGCAAACGGCAUGGAAAGAAGCGGCCAUCAGAUGGAAAGGGGGGACAGCAUUCCCAACUCAAGCAGCCUAAGAAAAUCCAUCAGCCAACUGGCCCCUGCUGGUUCUGUCUUUCCAGCCCUGAAGUUGAGAAACAUUUGGUUGUUAGUAUCGGCACACACUGCUAUCUUGCCCUUGCCAAGGGUGGCUUAUCAGAUGAUCAUGUCCUGAUUUUACCUGUUGGGCAUUACCAGUCAGUGGUUGAACUUUCUUCAGAGGCAAUGGAAGAAAUAGACAAGUACAAAUCUUCACUGAAGAAGUUUUUCAGAAGCAAAGGAAAAAGAUAUGUGUUGUUUGAAAGAAAUUACAGGAGUCAGCACCUACAGUUGCAGGUGAUUCCUGUACCACUCAGCUGUUGUGCUACUGAAGACAUUAAAGAGUCCUUUAUUUUACAAGCACAAGAACAGGAGAUUGAAUUAUUAGAAAUCCCAGAGCACUCGGAUAUCAAGCAAAGACGUUUUUGCGUCCAUAGGAGAGACAUGGACUUCAUGCAGGAGACAACGAGACCUAUUCUUCAGAAGAUGACCGGUUUGCUGCAACCAUUUGAAUUCAUCAGUGCUCUCCAGAGCGCUCAUCCCCACCUGCACCAGGGUUCUGGUGACCCAACUUCAAGGUUCUGGACCUUGGUCUUCUUCCAGGAGACAUUCAAUCCCAUUGUGUGGGUGCAUUGUGGAAACUUGGAAGGGCAGGGCUAAAAAUCUUUGGCUUCUCCACAGUGUCAUAGGCAUACUCUUUAUCAGUGAACACCUCUUGACCAACCUUGUUUCUGACAUGUGGAGCCACAAAGUCCUUGUUCCCAGUUGAUAGCUUGACGGGGUAGUGCAGUGGUGAGAAUACAAACCUUGCUGCACACCUGAGGUUGUACAGAAACGUUGAAAGCUAUGAAUGUAGGCCCAAAUUGGCCUAAGCAAACUCCAUUUUGUCUUGUGUUACUACCUUAGCUUCUGCUAGUCAGGUGUGUGGUCUUCUAAGGGAAAAGAACACAUGGUACUACUAUAGUAUAUGUAUUCCCUCAAUCUGGACACACACAAACUAGACUUGUGUUACACAUCAACAGACAGAUGUUUAAAGUUAAACCAAAUAUCACAGAUUUUCAAUCAAAAACUUCAGUUAAGUCUCUUUUCGCAUGUGCUGAUGGCUGGCAGAGAUUGUUGCUCCCAGUGUGUUUUGUAGGACUUCUAAUUUCCAGCCUAGUCACUAAUUCCCCAUGCUGUGGCACGAGAUGACAAAAGUGAAGA